AUGGUACGCUCAGUCAACAAAAUGAUGGAGUCGUUGAUCGGUCAAAUAAAGGCUAGUAAUGCGAAAGAACAUCGAACGAUUCUGGAUAGUGUGAUAGAAAUUGCUGUACGUUACCGAAAGUUGGAACAAGAUACUAUCUCAAUUAUUCAACAAACGAGCAUCGUGGGUGAACAAGUUCGACUAACAGCCAAGUCUGCUCUUGCGGACGAAAUGUGUGCAGCUGAUGCGUUUGCAGAAAUGGACGAGAAUUUUCAAGGGUUAUCUCAAAAUCUGAACAAGGCGGUCAACAAUCAUUGCCAGAUCUCAGAAGACUUGAAACAACAAGUUGCUGAAGCAACGAUAAUGAAAGAAAGAAAUGACGAUCUUGCUGCUCGUGCAAAGGAGCAAAGAUCGGAUGCUAAGUUUUAUGACAGCAAGGGAGUACCUGGGGGUGCUAUGUCAGUAUCUGGUGGUGCUACGGUAGUACCUGAAGCUGCCAUAUUUGUCGGUUCUGUUGCAGGUGCAUACGUUGCAUCCGAUCCAGUCGACAACGAGGUUCUUAAGGUUCCGGCUGGCACAGGAGGAGCAAUUGGGAACGUCCUUACUGGUGUUGCUGCCACAGUUCUUGCUCAAAUAUUAGCUGGUUGGUCAGUGCGCUGUGCAACUUUUCAAAAAGAAUGGUCCGUAACAUUCGACGGUCUUAGUAAACAAAUUCUCGUAGUGGAAGAAGCGAUCUUCAAAUGCAUAAUGUACGUCUCAGACGUUCGAGCGAUAUUAAAUAAGCUCAGUGAAAAUGCUUCAAGGUAUGAUCCAUCGGCGUCAAACCAACAUCUUCAGCAACAGUACAAAAAAAUUAGUCGCAGUUGUAAAAUUUUAAGAAAAAACUGUGAUGAUUAUCGGCAAAGUCUACAAAUAAGCAUGGGAAAGAUGCUCGUCAAGAUUCAAGCUAAUGAAAAGCCAAACAAAACAUAA